AUGGGAGUUGUUUUCCCCAAGCCUUCAAAGAACUCUAUUACUUCAACAAUGGAUGGAAAAAAUGCUUCCUUUAUAGGUACAAUGAAGUUUAUCCGAUAAUCAGGAUAACUUAGCUGCGUCCUGGAGCGUGAAAAUUAGAACCAUCUGAAAAAAUGAACCGAAGGGAAACUUUCUUCAGAUGCUGAUGUUUUGUUUGCCUCUUGGUCUUGCAAAACUUGUUGUACUCGUACGCUUAUAGUGAUACUAUUUCGAUUUUACUUAUACAGAAGGUGCUGUUGUUCCAGUUCGUGUGUCGGACGAGGGGUUUCAUCCAGAGGAACUUGUCCUGUAUCAAGGACAGGUGAGUGAAGUGUGAACAGCUGAAUAUUUUUUUUCAUCUCUCGUUCAUUACUCUCAUUAGCAUUUAUUUGCAAAAGGAGUGAAUGAAGGUAAUACUGACCAGAAAAUUUUAUGCUGCUUCGGUCGGUGGUGGUGAAAAAUUCAGCGCAAAUGAUUGUAAAUUUAAAGAAUUAAUUAAAUUAGAGAUUGUUAAGCUGUGCGCUAAUUAUGUGUAAUAGAUAUUGGCCGUAGUUUGUUUACGUCUUGGCCUUUUGAAUAAUUAUGUUAACCUUUGCCUUACUAUUGUUUUGAGUGUGAUGUUUUAAUUCGAAUUCUUUUCGGAAGAUGUGAAGAAUUUGAAUGGUUGGAUUUCAAUUCAUAGUACAACUAAGUAUUACAAGAUCUAUACCCACUUAAACCAGGCGGCUUCACUCUUUUUUUAUUUUGUGUCCCUUUUAUUUUAUAACCAUGGUGAUUACUCUUUGUGUAUAUUUCCAGAGCAUUUCGUUUGAAUGGAAUGUAGACAGCUCAUCUAAAGGUUUCAGAAUAUUUCAGGUAACCUAAUCAUUAUCAAUAAUACAGCUGAUUUUUGUAGUCCUGAGAUAUUUCACUCAAAUUUUGAAUUUCAAACAAUAACAUUUGUGGGAAUUAAAAACUGAAUUGACUUUUAGAAUAAGAUAAUCUGAGAAAAUAUUAUUUCUGGCUGGUAAAGUUAACAGGACCUUAGAGAAACAUAUGUUAGCUACUUUGCAAUGCAGGCUAUGACAAAUUGUCUUUACAAGUGGUAUUUGGUGCAGGCAGUACUAUCAUUUGUUGCACUUUUUGUUAUGAAAAUGGCUGGAUAACUAUGAUUUGGAUUUUGUAACUUGAAGGUUUGUGGUACGGAACUGAAUCGUGUUCCUGGUGGAUACAACAGUGGUGAUCUGACAUCUGAUAGAUCUUUCAAGGUGUACUUUGGAAGGAAAGGACAAUUCACCUUUAUUAGGUUUGUGUUAUAAAAAUAUACUUGCUGGACAGCAAUAAUUCAGAAGAAAUGGGUCAAUCAGUUAUCAGGUACAUGGAUAUAAAAUGAAACUUAUCUGUUAAGCCUUGUUUUCUUAUUCUUUUCAUUUUUACUGUGAAUGACAUCAAGACAGCAUCAUAUAGGAUUAAUGCACAAUAAAAUUUGGUUAAAAGCCAAAAAAAUUCCACUAUUUCUUAAUAUGAAGGUAAUUUUCUUUGGCAAAUCAUAGCUGAUCUAAAAUUAAAAUGUUCCUUCAGUAUUGAGCUUUUUUCUUCCCUUCCAAUUUCAGUGAGUCUAAAGAGCACAGCUUUGUGAUAUUGCCUUUCAAGGUACAAGUAGUGGAGAAACCAAUGAACAUCAUCAAGGUGCUCAGAAUGAUUGAUCAUAUUUAAUAAACCUCUUAUUCCAAUGUGGUACCAUGUAUACGUAUAAAUUCAUACAGGAAGUGAAACAUUGCAGCUAAACAAGUAUAAGCGUGACAUUUAAAAACAUCAAUUUUUAAAAGGGGAGAGACUUAAAAAUAACAAUAAUAGAUGGAUAAGAGUGGAAUUAAUGUUGAAAAAUGUUGAAAAAAUUUGUUAUCUAAUAUAAUAACCAAUUUCCUGUAGAUCACAGAUGAAGGCUUUGAGAAGAUGUUGGUGAACAUUGAAGAAGGAGAGACUGUUCAGUGGAGCUGUGAAUAUGGAGAUUCUAAAGCUUUAUCUUGUUCCAUUCAAGAGAUGGAGUAAGUGCAUGAAGAAGUGAAAUUGUUAUUAAUAAUUUCCAUUAUGUGUGUGACUGAGCUCAAUAACAAAAGCAAGACUUUCACAUUUGACUGCUCACUCAUGUAAAUGCAGUUGUCCAUAUCACUUGAAAUGGGAGACAUGGGGGUUGUAUUAUGGUAACUGUGCUGGAUUCUGGGGUUUAGAGGUCCAGCUGUGAGACCCAGCAGGAUAUUGAGUUGUGUUCUUGGGAGCUAAACACUCUCAAAGUGUCUCUCCCCAGUUAGGAGUAUAAAUGGAUACUGGCAAAUUGUCAGAGAAGCGCGAUGAAAUGCUGAAGGGAACCUUGUAAUGGAUUGGCAUCCCACCUGGGAGGUUGUUGGGUUAAUACUCCCAGACAGUUUCACACUAAAGAAAUUGUGAUAAGAUCUGGCUGUCAAGGCCACAUGUCUCUAGUGCAGACUUUACCAUAUACCAUAUAUGGGGGAAGUUAAAGGUACAAGUCAGGAAUUGGUGGAAUCUCUUGUGUAUGUCACAUGAUACCUUUUGGUUAAGAAUCAGGUACUUACUUUGUUCACCAGAUUGCGAGGUACACUAAUGACUAAAUUGGACUAUAUUUUGAAGAAGCAAAUGUAAUAAUAUGAGAGUUCUUUUGAUAUGUGCGCUAAUAUAAAAACUGUUUAUUAAUAUGCUGGUUAUGAUUAUUACAUGCGACUGACUGCCUUGUCCACAUGGCAUAAUUUGACUUUUUUCAGGUUUUGUUUUAAACAUGCAGGGUUUGUUCCAAAAAAAUCAAGGUACUUGUAACUAAUCUUAGUUUCCUAAUUUAAUGAAGUCCUAAUUAAUCUACUUAGAGGGAAAUUAAAACAAAUGACUUUGGAAAAGCAAGUUGGGCAUGUUCCCUAUUCUAUAACUGUACAAUGAUACUGGUUAUCAAACAUUGUGGCCUGCAGGAGUGAAUUAUGGUCAACUUAAAUUUUUUUCUCCUAUUCAGGAUCACUGUUUAUUCAACACAUGAAAUGACAUUUCAGGACACAGGGCUGUUCUACUUCUACCUUGACAAGCAUGAUACAGGCACAGACUGGCUUAAUGACCAAGGAAACUUGAUUUGUGCUGUGAGAGUUACUCAAGUGAACAGGUUUGUAAAUAUUUACUGAUAUCAUAAGUAUGUUCUUUUAUUUAGCAAAGAAAGAGAAGUAUUUUUAAUUGAUGGAAUGUUUAAUCAUCUAAUUAUGGCUAGUGGAACAACUGAUUAGCAGCACUUGGUCUCCAUUUAUUUUUUGUUAGUAUAGCAGCCAAAAGUUCAUUUUACACUUACAUAGCUGCUGAGCCUCAGAGAGAUGCCAGGUUUAAGACCAUGUCAGUAUCUAUGACACUUACAUGUAUGUAGACUUCACUGCUUUUUAUGAAAUUGUAGAUUAGGCAGACCAACCUCUAUGUUGAAAGUUUAAAUUACCCUUUAUAACAUUAUAUUAAUUUCAACCUUGUUUCUAGACUCUUGAAAGUCUUGAAAAGUUAACACCUAAUUGUGAAAUGAAUUACUGGAGCCCAAAUUUUUACACAGUGCUUAGGGUUAGGUCAAAAGUAAACUCAAUUUAAUGCCAUUAAAGAAAUAAGGACUUUAAUUGGUGUAUAAUUUACUGCUGUUGUUUUUCAGGGAGUUCUCAGUUCAUCUAUCUGAUGAGGGUCUUAAUACAAGCAUGAUAUCAGCCAGAGUUCAAGAUAGAAUUUGGCUUGACUGUCCAACUAACAGGGUGAGAAUAAACAUUAAAUUUGUUUUAAGUAGACUUCAUGAGUUACACAUAAGAAAUGCCUUUAUGGGAAUUUUUUUGCUAUGUAACUUGAUUUAUCUAAUGAAUUACUGUAACAGUUGUCUGUUCCUGAGACUUCAUUGAAGCUCACAUGACAUUAACUUGAAAGUUUGCUUUUCUACUUUUUGAAUCUGAAUGUCUUACGCAAUUAGUGACAGAGAUCGCUUUGCUACACUGUUAUUUUCAAUUUUAGACCCAUGCUAGAAAGAUUUUGGAUGCGUGUAUUUAUAAAGAUACCCUGGCAAAUCCAUUGGUUUCAGCACAAUUGUUUGCUGGCUCAGCCAGGUACACCUUCAGUCUUUGUAGCACUUGUGUAGGAUAACUGUGAUUAAAAACUGUCAGUUUGUUAUAGUUGUGUAGUACGCAUUCAAUUUACAGUGGCCUCUUGGUCAAUACCAGUGCACCGAUUUUGGAUCAGCUGGUACUUGAUUCUCAGCCCUGGCCAUUCAAUUCUACUAUAUACUAGUAAGAUUAUUAACUCUUACAAUAUCUCUUUUCACCAAGAAUCAUUUUGAUAUGUGUUCUAGUGAACUGAAUUUUGCUACCUCAGAAGUAAGGGGGGACACUGUAAACAUUCCAAUUCAGAGGGAGCAAUUGAGCACCCAUAUAGUCGCUCCAUGACUUGAGUAUAAACUGGCCAGGGAUAGAUUGGGGCCAAUAGGCUUAUUUGUGUAAUUGUUAGCAGUAAUUUAUUCAUUUUGAUCUUUACCCAUGCAUUUUUAAAUCUCUAUUUGAACCCCACUGUACACUGAAAUUUUAUUUAGUAUUUAUACAAUAACAUGUUUAAACAUUUUCCAUCAAUGAUUUUAAUGCCUUGUUAUAAUAUUUUAUUGUAGAAUUGCUGAACUUGUUUCCUAUCAAUUCGUUGAGCCUGGUCUUUAUCACUACAUGUAUAACAUGGCUGAUCUCUCACAGUUUCGAGGAUGUGUUGUUGUGCAACCAAAACCAAGAGAACAUGUCGUUAACAUUGUUGAUGGACAGUUUGGACCUGGUAAACAGCCUUCAAUUACAUGUUGUUUACAUGUAGCCUGAUCUAUAAAUAAAACUUAUAAUACAUUAUUGUAUUUAUUAAUACCAAUUUUAGCAAUUUUAGGACCAGGGUUGAAUUUCUUGUAGCUUACUGUCAUUUCAGAAUCUCUUCAGUAAGUACCAUACCCUCAACUCUCUCCUCCCCCCUCCCUUCAUUAAACAGGAGACCAAUUUUGUUAUUCUUCAGUUUAUUAUUCAUGCAUUGGGUGAUUAGCACCCACUAGCUAAUCACCCCUGAGCUGCUAAAUUGGCCCACAAGAAAUCAAUACCCACUUGUGUAGUUUAUGCCAAAAAAUUAAAGGAAAGUAAUCAACAAGGGAAGUGUCUCAUGUAUUUGAUUCAAAAUAAAAUUGACAUAACUAAAUAAAAGUUUAUAAUAUUAUAUUGUAUAACAGUUUUACUGUUAGGUGAAUCACUUUUGACAUCCACAAAGAGACAGAGUAAACAAUUAUUUCAAAUGAUUGUUUCAACAGCUCUUCUGACAAUUAAUGAGAAGGAUAGGAUCUGGUGGACUUGGAAUAAUAGUCAGGGUUUAUCAUUCAUUUUGAAAGAGGUAUGUGUAACAAAGAAAAAAAUUAUUAAAGACCGGUGAGGUUGUAAGAGUAGCAUUUAGUAAUGACUCUAAAGGACAGAUGUAAAUUUGUGGUUCCUCAUUCAUAGUUAUUCAUUUUAUUUUACUAAUAAUUAAUAUUUAUGAGAAGGCCUUUUUCUUUGUUGGGCAGUGAUUUAUUGGUUUCCUAGUGAUAAUUAUUUGUGCAUGUACUGUAAUUAAGAUUGGCUUGUCAGGGAAGGAAAUAUGCCAAACAGAUCUUAGUCUGGUAGUCUUCCAUUUGAUACAUUCAUUUGACAUAAUGCAUGAGUUCCAAUAUCUGAAUUAGCUUCAAGUCGUUACUCUGACUGAAUUUUUUUUUUCCUAAACUUAGUUGAACUGCUGUACCCCCUUAACCAGAAGGAAAUCUCUUUGCUUAGGUAGGCUACUUCCUGUGUCUUUGUCAUUCAGUUAAUCAUGCAUGGCUGAAUGACAGUUAUUGAUUCAGAAGUGAUUCCAAGAUUAAAUAUUUCAUAUUCUGUACUCUGCAAUAUUGCAAUGUUUUGGAAUAUUAUUGUUUAAUGAGACUUACUUGAAAAGAUAAGAAUUUUCCCUACAAUUCAUGCUGCUUGCUUUAAACUGUGCCCUGAAUCUCUUCUGUUUAAUCUUUUUUUCAUUAAUUUUUAGGAUGUGAUUGUAAGGAACUGAGUGACCAGGUGGAUUUUGUGCAACUGUUGGGACUGAUGACUCACAAGUUUGAUUCCAUAGGAGAAUUUAGUUUCCACCUGGUCCCUAAGGAUGACCAAUCUUUUCCAUCUACUUGCUGUUCAGUGGUGGUGCAGACAACUUCAAAGGUAAAUAUAUAAACAGAAAUGGUCUUGAUUGGCUGAAAAUAUUAACAAAGAAAGAGACAAGUGUCAACUUAGAAGAGAACACAUCUAUUUUUCUCUGAAUUUUUAUUUCCAAUCUGGGGUAGCCUUCAAUUUAAAAUAUAUUAAUCUUAACUAAACGUUCAAAAUUUUACUUGAUACAGUGUUCAAUUUAUGAUAUCAUUGCAUAAGCAUUUUUAUUUACUUUUCUUUUUUUUAAUCUAACAUUCCUUACUCAUUAUGAUCAUGGUAUUUAUUUCAUAUUUUUGUCACGUGUCCAUUGUGACCUUAAUAUAAGGACAAAGAAAAUGAAGGCCAUUUAUUGGAAAAGAAUAUGGCUUACUUUGUACAUUUUAGAUUUGUAAAGACCUUUGACCAUCCAUUAGGAGGUUUUGAAGACUUGCUGGUUCGAACAGAUGGUCAAAAUUAUUCAGUACUGAUGAAUUGUAUGGAAUAAAUAAAUGUCAUUUUUACCUGAUCAGCCUUGAAACAAACAAUUCUGUUUCAUCUCCUGUUGUUUAGCAUUAUUCAGUCAAAGUUUGUGAUGGACACUUUACACCAAAGAUCUUAAAUGUACAUCCUGGAGACUGGGUAUGGUGGCAGUGGAUUGAUACUAAAAGACCCCAUAACAUUAAACAGGUAUCAUUUUUUUUAAAUCAGUGACUAGUUUCAGGUUAGAUCAUGAGAACACUCCUUGUUCUUCACUCUUUUAUCUGUUAGAACUUGCCACACAACUAAAGCUUGUACUGUGCACAAUUUAGAAGUCACCUGCAGCUUGCUAAUGAGGCUAAUAAUGCUUUUCACAGACAAAUAUUUCUUGGUUUUGACUGUAACCUUUUACAAAAAAUCCAGAGGAACAUCCUUGUUAGCUGGGAUCAAUUAAAAGAAGUUUUCCACAGCUGUAAGGUUUUGAAAAUAAAUGCUUACCAACAGUGUAAGUAUGAAUGUAUAUUAUUGUAACACUGGGAAGGUUUUGUUGUUUUCAUUUUAGGUCUCGCACCAAUGGAUAUCACAGGCCAGUGGAUUUGACAGUGGAAAGGCAACCAAAGCAGCAAGUGCCUUUACAAAUGUAUUUCAAGACCUUGGUAUAUUUUAUUUUGCAAGGUACACCAUGUAUGUUGCAUUAUCUCACUUGUGGUACAAACAAUUUGUUUUUGUCUUGAUUUUGUAAAUAGACAUUUCUUUGAAUUAUCAAAUCGUUAUUGUAUUGCUUGUACAUGUAAUGGGGUUAAUUGGCCAGAAAUUAUGGUACAUUGCACACUGAUGCAAUGAAAGAUUACUAUAUUUUGUUCACAGGUUACCACAGUGACCAUUCCUUGUGCUAACAUUUCAUAGGACAUAUACCCAUCUGACUGUAAAUACAUAAAAAUCAUAUAACAUUAUGUGAGCUGUGGUUGAAGAAACAAAUGUGGAAGCAAUCCUUGCAGUUAUGAACAUUACCUAAAUAUUAGUGAAAAUAUUCGGCCUGUAAACAAUUCAGGCUUGUACAGGUUUUGAACCCAUAUCCUCUGUGAUGCCAGUGCAGCCCUCUACCAACUGAGCUAACAAGCCAACUGGGAGCUGGUCAUUACUUUGGUUCCAAAUAAGUUUGUAAUAAGCUCCACAUUUCACAUACAUGAUUUUCAUAUAUUUGCAGUCAUUUAUUCACCACUUCAUGGGUUUAUUUACAACCAACAUACAGUGACCAGCUCCCAGUUGGCUUGUUAGCUCAGUUGGUAGAGUGCUGCAGUGGUAUGGCAGAGGUCAUGGGUUCAGAUCCUGUACAGCCCUGAAUUUUUUCCAGGCCUUAUUUUCACUACCAUGUAGGUAAUGUUCUUAACUGCAAGAAUUGCUUCUUUAUUUAUGCGCCUAUCUUUUUGACAGAUUUUGACAUUCAACCACUUCUGAUAAUUUCAUGACUGCUCAUCCUAAAAUUUGGUUAUUUGCUUUUUUUCUUUACAUUAAGCAAUGGCAUUCCUGAAAUGCUUGGAGCUGUUGUUGUGACCCCGUCAUCUAAGGUAACAGUCCUUGUUCUUAGUUAUAUUCAUUAAAGUGUUUCUUUGGCAUGAUAAUUAUAGAGUAGUAAUUUCCACACUCAUUUUUGUGGCCAUCAAAUCUACCAUCUCAGUUACACAUAGCUGAUGUAACAGCAGAGGGAAUUCAACCAGAUCUAUUGGUGGUAUCAGUAAAUGCCUGUGUUACUUGGGUGUGGUCAGAUGGGACAUGCUGCAAUUUGCAGGAAAUAUCCCAGCAAGGUGAAGCUCAAGGAACGUUGCAACCAUCACACAGAGUCCAUUUUAAAAGGUAUGUACAUAUAGCUGGUUGAAGAGCAAAAACAAAAACAAAACAAGUUGAAAAAUAAAAAGAUAGACAAUAAUUACUACUGAGUAAUCAUUAUGUUUGUACUGGUCAUGCUAAGGUAAUGGUGUACCACAUAAAAUAUGCUGCAAAUGUUUUGUUUUAUUCAUUUUGUACCACUGAAUCCAAUGUUAGUGAUGACAAACUAACCUGAUGAUGUUGAGAUUUCUGUUUCUGGUUAUCUACACUUCUAAUGUGAUUUUUAAUGGCAAAUUUAUAUUGUUUUGUGGUUUUAGGUGCCACACACGCCUCUUUGGCAAAGCUGGAAUGUACCAUUUCUUAUGCUCAGGAUGUCAUGACAGUGAAAGUGAGGUGAGCAGAACAAAGAUGGUAUUUUGUAAUCGUUAUUAUGAAUAAAAUCAAACUCAUCAGGUGCAACUUGGACUUAAAGUGUAAUAAUUAUUUUUCAUUAGACUUCAGAUCACAUAGAUAUGGAGUGACCUGUGUAGGCAUUCCAUGAGAAGUGUGCUUGAACAAUUUUUAUUCAUGUCAGUUACUGUGCAUCACAAAAAUGAACAAGUGAGUGCAGUCAGAACAAGUGAGUGUUUUUGUGCAUUGCAACAAGUGAAUAACAAUCAUUUGUACUCACUUUCCAUGGUAAGAUGUUUUUAUUUUAUACAUACUGAGAUUUUUUCAUAUUUCAAUUCAGAGAUUGGUAUGAAAGACAUGGACAACAGUACAUCACAGUUUGAUUCUCAGUAUGUAUAAAAUAAAAUAUCAUAUUGUAUCUCAGAAUGACAGCAAUAUGGUGUUGUUUCCUGUUCAAUGGUUUAUAUGUGUGUAUGUGUAAAUGUCUGUUUUUUUUUGCUCUAAUUUUGUGUUCUUAGGUUCACAGUCAAAGAAGUGAUACUUUCAUCCACUCUGUGUUAGUAGACCCAGUCCCCUACUCAUGUAGGGUUGGAGUUACUGCAGCUGAAGGGUUCAAACCAUCAGUUCUAACAAUAGAAAAGGUACUGGCAUGUCACUGUUCAUUUAAAUUGAAAAUAAGCUUGUGGUACUGGAGGGUUCAAACUGUCUGCUCUAACAAUAGAAAAGGUACUGAAAUGUUACUGUUCAUUUAAUUUGGAAGAAAAAUUGUGUUACCGAGGGGUUCGAACCAUCUGCUCAAAUAUUAGAAAAGGUACUGAAAUGUUACUAUUCAUUUUAAUUUGGUAAUAAAAUUGUGUUGCUGAGGGUUUCAAACUAUCUGCUCUAACAUUAGAAAAGGUACUGAAAAGUUACUGUACAUUUAAACUGGAAAUAAACUUGGACAUUUGCUUUAUUAUAGCAUUAAGUUAUACAUUUUGAGUUAUUUUCCAAAUGAAAUUAUCUUGUAUUUUUCUUAUCAUUUAUUUAUUUUCAAGUCUCAGUGUAUUCUUUGGACAUGGGAGAACCAAGAAAAUGAAGAACAUAACAUUAUCCAUGUAAGACCACCCCAGGCUAAAGAGGUAAUGCUUUCUAAUGCUUGGGGCUUAUGGAAAGAGACUGUGAUUCUUCCCUUCUUUCACAGGAUAAGCCUUAUUCUUAGAGAAAUUCGUGUUUCUUAAGUUAUUUGAAGAUCAUCCCUGAGUUUGGAAAUGCUGAAGGGGUGUAUGAAUCCUUUGACAGCUAGUUACACUGUCAACAGAGUUAAUAGAAAGAUUGUCAAAACGUUUUUAUACAACUCAGUUCAGACGUGAUUUCGACAUCGGACGGGUAACUGGGAGUUUGCCCUUCUCCUCGCCGCCGUCCGUUAAGUUUUCAUUUCUUUGUUUGUGUCAUUUUUACAGCCCUCUUACAAUAGACAGCCAUUUUUCUUUGUUAACCGUGACAGAGUUACAUUAAAGUGAAGUAUUAGAAAUGGUGCAGGAGAAACUACCGCGUGACCAUCCUGUACAACAAACCCAGAAUACUCGACAGUAGAAGUGUUAUCAUCUUUUAUCUGACCACAUUAUGCAUCCUAAGUUUAAACUAGCGGAGCUGCCCGGUUCUCAACAUGGACUUAAUACAUUUAUUAUUAAUAUAAUAUAUAUAUAUAUAUAUAUAUAUAUUAUAUACAUAAUAUUUAUUCUGCUCUACUUCAACGUAUUGAGCACUCUUCCACGCGAAAAUCGACCUGCAGACUUCCUAUAUAUAUAUAUAUAUACCAUACUGAUGUGUUAUUUAAUUGAUAUUUACAUUAUAUCUUAUUUAUUUAUAUGUACCUUUUUUUAAGCUGCCCCUCUCUCGUGUGGUUGGUCUCUCGGCUUUUAACAGUGGUCAGAUGACAACUCGCAGUACAUUUUUUCACACAUUUGAUGUUGCUGGAACAUAUUUCAUAUCAUCAGAAGGAACCGAUGGGCAUUUGUGUAGAGUGGAAGUCCUAGAAAAAGGUGAGAUAAGUUUAUCUAUAAAGCUAUACAUACGUUACUCUUUGUCAUCAGGAUACCAAAGAUAUUCUGGGAUGAAAUUUAUAGCAAGCUACUUUACAAGGAAUGUUAUUGAGAGACCUAUCUUUUGUUUCACGUAUUUAGCUGCGCAUGUUGGACCGCCUGGGAUUCCUUCUGGUGAGAAAGACGGAGGAAAUGUAAGUGUCUUUAAAAUCUUCUCCUCGCGUCCAGGAUCGAUUAAAAACACUUGUAUGAGGCUAAUGAAAAACUGACAGGUUUGACAGGGUGUGCUUGACAGGUUCUGAUAGGGUGUGCUGUUACUUUUUAAAGGUUGAAUGUGGUUAUCAAGUUUUCCUGGAAUGUGAAACAGAGGAAGUAGAAAUAUGUUACACUCUGGAUGGAUCCUACCCAGCUGAGUACAAUUCAAAACUUAUGGUAAGGGUUACACUUUGUUUUGGUUUUCCUAUGGUUUUCAGAGCUUAGAAUUGGCCACUAAAUUUUGUAAACUGUCGACACGGCAAUACUUUCUUCAGUACACGGCAAGAUCCAUGGCAAGGGACUUAGAGGUUUAGUAUUGUAAGAAUUCGAUCAUUUGUGUUGUCUUUUUCGAUAUUGUGUGAACGUAACCUUCAACUUUCUUUCCUUUUCAAAGCCUUACAAUGAGAAGAAAGGAAUUUUUUUAGCCCGAGCUGGAUUCUUUGUCAUUAGAGCUGUAGCCAAGAAAGAAGGCUGUGUAACAAGUUCAGUGUAUACUUCAAAGUAAGUACAGUUUAUGUUAUGUAAGUUCAGUUUCAUAUUUUUCCUUCACUAUCAAUACAUUUAAAUCAAGUUGUUUUGGGGGUAACCAGUCAAGUCGCCCCGAGAGUCAUCUCACCCGAAGUCAUGUCGCCCGAAACCUGAGUCAUGUUGCACGAAAUGUUAGUAAUGUCGCCCGAAAUAAAGUCAAGUCGCCCGAAGAAACAAAUACUAAAAAGAUCAGAAUUUCAGACUGUUAAUAGGCAAUAACGUUGAGAAUUUGUUAUCCCUAAAGCGCUCUUUGUUUCCGACAACACCAUGAAGAUUCUUAAAGCGUUGUUCGUUUCUAACAACAAAGGGAAACGUUCUUCGUUUCCAACAAAAAAUAAUAAGCGUUGUUCGUUUGGUAUGUGAUCGUUUCACACAGAAAUCGAUCAUAUGCUCGGAUUUGAAAUAUGUUUGAGUAACGAUUCUAAAAGCGUUGUUGGUUUCUUACAGCGAAGGGAAGUGUUCUCCGUUUCUCACGUAAAAAUGAAGCAUUGUUUGUUUGGUAUGUACUCGUUUCUUACUCACGGACAUUUCUCUUUCUUGCCUCUAAAAAUGCCAUAACGACUUUGACUACACAGAAAUCGAUUGUUUGGUCAGAAUUGAAAUAUGUUUGAGUAACGACUCUAAAAGCGUUGUUCGUUUCUAACAACAGAGGGAAGCGUUGUUCGCUUCUAUAACAACAAAUGCACGGAUGCAGCGAAACAUUCAAGUAAAGUUCUUUUGUGUCUAUUUGUGACUUUCGUAACAAUAACAGAUGAAAACAUCUGGUAAACGAAUGUCGAUUAUCGCGUUCGACCAGUCGGUAAAAGGUAACGCGAGUUACAUACAAAUAAAGUUAUGUUGUGUCUUUUGUGAACUUCGUAACAUUAAAAACUAACUUGUUGCCUUGGGUAAGGUAAGUUUAAUAUUUUAAGAUAACAGUCUAUUGUUUAUGCUUGUGACUUUUUUCACAGUAGUAGUCUGAUAGCAUCAUUUCCCUUAGGAUCAGAAUAGGCAUAAAUUAUGUAGCUGUGCUCUGUUUCCUCUGGCGGUCGCAUGUAUAUUAUAUAUAUAAUGAAGAGGGUAAAGCUAGCUACAAUACGAUUACGAACUGACCAAAAUGAGCAUUCAUCCUUGCAUUGAGUGUGAUGAUGAAGUUAGACCACGCCAGCAAGCCCUACAGUGCGACGAUUAUGGUCGAUCAUAUGGUCUUUCUGACCAUAUGAUCGAUUUCUGUGUAGUCAAAGUCUUCAUGGCUUUGUUAGAAACCAAGAAAAAGUUUCUCAAGCUUACGAAAUGUCCGUGAGUAAGAAACGAGUACAUACCAAACGAAUGACCCUUCAGUUUUUUGUUAAAAAUGGAGAACGCCUCCCUUUGUUGUUAGAAACGAACAACGCUUUUAGAAUCGUUACUCAAACAUAUUUCAAUUCCGAGCAUACGAUCGAUUUCUGUGCAGUCAAAGUCUUCAUGGUAUUGUUAGAAACCAAGAAAGAGUUUCUCAAGCUUACGCAACGUCCGUGAGUAAGAAACGAUUACAUACCAAACGAACAAUGCUUCAUUUUUUGUUGGAAACGAACAAAGUUUCCCUUUGUAGUUAGGAACGAACAACGCUUUAAGAAUCUUCAUGGUGUUGUCGGAAACAAAGAGCGUUUUAGUGAUAAAAAAUUCUCAACGUUAUUGCCUAUUAACAGUCUGAAAUUCUGUUCUUUUUGGUAAUUGUUUUUUCGGGCGACUUGACUUUUUUCUUUCGGGCGACAUUACUAAAAUUUCGUGCAACAUGACUCAGAUUUCGGGCGACAUGACUUCGGGCGAGAUGACUCUCGGGCGAGAUGACUCUCGGGCGUCUUGACUGUAAACCGUUUUGGGAAUAACACGGAUUGAUUAUCAAGGAUAUAAAAUGCUACAGAAGUUAUCACCUGUUGGAAAUGUAAAUGGAAAGUUCAAAAUACGAGAAGCCUGCGAAGCUGGCACUCGCUGAGUAUGUGAGUAACACACAUGCGAAAGAUCAGACACACUCUGUAUUCUGUGCACGUGACUUACAACUCGCGCUUGCUGGUCUGAAUUACUAAGUGAAAUUAAGAGCGUACUGCAUAGGUUGAGAUAUGGAUACCUGUUUCUUAACUGCACAACCUCCCAUCCCAAGGAAUCCAACUGAUUGUUGAUAACUGAUUUAUCUUGGAUUGUUUCAUUCAACUAUGCAUCCACAGACGUUUCUGGGUCAUGAAAAGCGAUGAUGUUGUUCAAGAGGAUAUGAUCGAUGAAGAGUCUGAGCAGGAACAGGGGACUGGAUCAGAGGAAGUAGAUUUGAAAGAAGAGGUGAGAGUCUGAGUUAUUGGAUAGUGUUCCUGUAGCGCCUUCAGUAGGCAAGAGAGGCGUGUUUUGAUAGAAUGCAUGACCCUUGUGCAAACUGCACUCGAUACAAGACCAUUUAGAGAUGCGCGGUGCCUCUGAUUUCAAGUAAUUGGCCAUGAGCUUAACCACUGAAAUGAAAAUUAUUUUCGUAAUUUUCAUGUGAAUAUAACUCAUUUUCAAAAGAAAGGAUUUUUAGAAUUCGGAAAUGGUCGAUUCUCGUAAUCCCUCUCGUGUUAAGAUAAGGUUAUGAAAACACAGAAAGCGUCCUGGAAAACGCUAAAUAUUUUUUUCAAAAAUACGCGCAAAACUCAGUCGUCAAAAGCGUGCCUGGUUACUUUUUUAAAUCUUCCUGUGCACUGAUGAAUAUAAGUGCGUAUUAUCUUUGAUGAAGAGAACUGAUAAACGGGUCCUCAGUUACUAGUUAAACUAUGCUAAAGGUGCGAGUUGUUGUUAUGUCAAUCCACUGAUGUUACAGUUUAAUCGUGAUUUACUCUUAGUUUUCAUCAUUUUUUAAUUGUCUAAAUGUAUUUUUAUUUAGGUUUUUAUGAGAAAUCCCUUUAUUAUUAUUCCUAGUUUAUUUAUUUACUUUUCGUGGCAUGUCUGUAAAGAAGCUAAUUAGCUAAGAACAUUUGACCACGUUAAAUAAAGGUUAUUGUGUUGUCUUUUUGUUCGUUCGUUUUUCUUUUUUUUGCGUUAGAUAUUCAAGUGGCAUUGGUUAAGUUGUAGGCCGAGUAUUACCGUAGAGCUUGUUUGUGACAACACAUUUAACAUCAAUGUUACUCUGGGAAACGCUGCAGACCUAUCAUGGAUCAAAGGAUUUCAGGUGUGGCCUUAUGUCUCUCGGUGCUUCUGUGUCUGCUGCCAUUCUCUUCCCUCCCUUCCCCCAGACCUAUCAUGGAUCAAAGGUGCUUCUGUGUCUGUCUCUCCAUUCUCUUCCCAUUCUCUCCUCCCCCCCCAAGACCUAUCAUGGAUCAAAGGAUUUCAGGUGUGGCCUUAUGUCUCUCGAUGCUUCUGUGUCUGCAGCUAUUCUCUUUCCUCCCCUUCCUCCUUCCCCCCCAAGACCUAUCAUGGAUCAAAGGAUUUCAGGUGUAGCCUUGUGUCUCUCGAUGCUUCUGUGUCUGCUGCCAUUCUCUUCCCUCCCCUCUCCUCCCCCAAGACCUAUCAUGGAUCAAAGGAUUUCAGGUGUGGCCUUGUGUCUCUGGGUGCUUCUGUGUUUGCUGUCAUUCUCUUCCCUCCCCUUUCCCCCUUCCCCCCCCCCCCCCCGACCUAUCAUGGAUCAAAGGAUUAAGGUGUGGCCUUGUGUCUCUCGAUGCUUCUGUGUCUGCUACCAUUCUCUUCCCUCCCCUUCCCCUCCCCCCCCGACCUAUUAUGAAUCAAAGGAUUUCAGGUGUGGCCUUUUGUCUCUCGAUGCUUCUGUGUCUGCUGCCAUUCUCUUCCCUCCCCUCCCAUUUUAUGAAUCCCCUUUUUUUACGAAGAGAGGUGACUCAGCCAUCAGCUCAUUCAUCAUCAAAGCAGUCUGUUAUAUCAUUGUUUUUGAAUUGUUGAUGAAGAUACCCAGGAAACCCAGGGCAUGCAGAUGUUUUGAAGUCAGGUUUUAAUUCUAGAUGUCAUAAUUACUUCUGUGAUGUAACCGCCAAAUUGCCAGAAAAGAAAUUGAAAGUCUGUGCUGUAUUUUAAUCAAAAUGAUUCAUGCAGCUCAUUUUAGCUACUUUAGUUGUGCAAUCCGUAUCUCUACUACUUUCAGCUUUUCCUAAACGGUCAACACUACGGUGGAUGGUUCGGCCCGCACUGCAGAGGCUUGGUGGUCAGCGGUAUGAUAGGUGGAAAGGUCUAUCACGUGGUGUUGGCUGCUUAUCCAACCCAAGAAUCAUUUGAACCCCAACUCUCCAAUGAAGUGGUAAGAUUUUUACUCUACUCCGAUAUCUGGACAUAGACUCAAUCGUACAUUUAGCAAAUAAGCCUUUUUUUCAUCUUUAGUGUGCAUAAUUCAUUUUCUAUCCACUUUGCAGGUGAUUUCAUGCCCUUUACAAACUUUAUCCGGGGGACCAGUAGUGUCUUUGGAAGCUGCCACUUCACCCCAGUCUCUUGUGAUUGUAUGGCCAAUCUUCUGUGAUCCUAAUACUGCUGAUAUCGUAUCUUACUCUGUGAUCAUUAAUGAUCAGCCGUUUGGAGAACAGGUGAACACCAAGUUCAAGUUUUUUCCUUGUGAACAUGCUUCACCCCAUGCUUACCGAAUGACAUAUUCUACUGUUUUUCAGAUGAAAAGAAUCAGGGUUAGAUUGGUUCUUUAGGACACAAAUUCAAUUGUCCAAUAUGAUGCGAUUGGCUUUCCCUUCACAAUUCUCCUUUCAAAAAGAAGGCAAUCGAUUGCGGGGUCAUUCGUGUCACGCCCUGCUACCUAAAAAUACUUGCUAGAUUUAGUGCCUAUCCAAUCGAUACUUGUGAUAAGAUUUUUGUCGAUUUGUAUCGGAGAUUGUAAAUUAAAAUGUCAGGUGUAUUUUAAGCAGGGCACUUGUUCUUCCACUGCCACGUUUAUCGAAGCUGUUUGGUCUCCCUUGAAGCCAAAAUACUGUACUGCGCUUUUUGUUUAUUUUCUUCCCUCUGUAGUGAAGGUAUAUUUUCUAUUAUCUUUGAGCAGGUAAUACCGGAAUCGGAAAGCGACUACUGUAGAGUAGUAUUUGAAAGCAGUUUACAAGAUCAGACCUACUCAUUGUGUGUAGCUUCUCAUUCUCCCGGUAAGUACUUUAACUUAACGUUGUGCGCCGCUUCUUAACUCGUCUAGUCGCGUAGGAACUGCAUUUAAAACUGCCGUGAUAACGUGGCACAUUUGCCUAAGCUGAACAUCUCGUUUUUAUUUUAAAACAAAAUAAUAAUUUUUUGGUGAACGCAUCUAUUUAAUAUUAACUGGCUUUCGAGGAAUAUGUUUUUUAACUACCUUAUAUGUGAAUUUAUGUCUGUGGAGAUUGUUGGUGAAGCAUUUAAUUCUUCUGCUAAAAAUUGUAUAUUUUUAUCUUUACUGAAUCGGUACUUAAAUUAGUUAAUGUCCCAGUUUCAGUGGUGAUGUAUUUGUUAUUGAAUAAUCCGAGUUGACGACACUUAUCUGUCUACGUCAGAAUGCAUAAAAAAAUAGUCACAGAACAAAUAAACAAAAAUAUGCUCUAUUGUUAUAUUCUAAGGCUUGUUCGUUUUUUUUUCACUAGCUUUUUUCUUGUUACCUUGUUUAACAAUAACAUCCAAAUCUUUUAGCGAAAGAAAGCAUGUUCACAAUUUAUUUUAAUUCCGCUUUUUUUUUUUUUGUACAGGAUUAGAUGUUUUGCUGUAUUCAAAUGAGGUAGAAUUCUCGCUGCCAAUACCAGAGGAAAUUCUUGGUCCUCUACGGAAAACAACUACUGAAAAUUAUUUUGAGGAAGGCGAGGAAAUUCAAGAUGGCGAAGCCGCGCGGGAGCUGCUAUUAGUAGCUGAGCAAGUCACUUCGGGGUCGUGUGUAACAGUUCAGUCGGCUAGGAACGAAGAGCUAUCUUUGAAAUCAAUUAUCAGUAAACUGCAGACAAUCCCUGAAGAUCAACCGCUGAUUGCUUUGGCUGCUGAGCCUGAUGCAGACGUUGAACAGAGAGUUUCAUCUCAAGAGAUGGAUCAUGUACAGACUAUGUCAGUAGACAAUGAGUCGUUACACCGCCUUGAAGAACAAGAAAAAGUGGCUGGAGAUAGACUCGUUCCUUUAGGAGAUAAAGAAGCUGAUGUGAAAGAUGCACCGGCUGACUUGUCCUCAGCUCAGGUGAAAGAUGAGACUUGUACUGCAGUUAACGUUGAACUGGACUCUACUAUUUUCAGAUAUCUCGGUGGAAGCUGUCGAGGAACAGAGUCAAGUGCAGAAUCGCUGACAGACUCUAUAGAAGACAACAAGAGAGUACUUCAGCUACAAGAAGAAUAUAUUGACGAAGCUACAACUAGCCAAUCUAAUGCUAAAACUGACAUUCCUGCACACGUUGUGUUUAGUGAAUUAAAAGAUGAUGUUAUUGUUAAUCAGUCCGUUGAACACGAUCACAAAUUAACAAUAGAACAAGCGUCAGAGCAGUAUGAAGUGACUCAAGAAACACUAGUAAAUAGAGAAGUGAAGAGGACUGAGUUUAUGGAUAAUGACAAAAAACCCUCUGAAAUCAUCGAACAAACGUCUUCACGUGAAACGAGUGCGGAUCUUUGGGAUCAAAGCGAGAAAAAGGGCGAGGAAGAUACAAAAACAAAUGAAAAUUUCUCAGCUAAACGUGACAAGUUCAAUAGUCACGCAAUGAGUCACGUAGCCAGCCAGGGUAGUACCGAUUAUAACAAAGCUGGAGACAAUGGUGCUCAGGGAAUUUGGGACAAUGACAAACCUGAGGUUGAAUCAAGAACAGAGCUUGAUCAGGAUAUUGUACGUGACGAUAUUCAUUUCAACGAUCUUAGGCACGAUGCUUUUAUUGCUCAGAGCCAAAGAAGCGAAGUAGGGGAGACAGCUUAUGAUAGCCCUGAAAAGGUGGUCUGUGGUUUAUCUGAACUUGAUGCUUCAGACGAGAUAGAAGAAUCACAAGAUAGUGCCACAGAAAUAGAGGAUGAGAAUGUGCGUGGGGCAAAUUCAGAGAGAGGUGAAUGCCUGGAAAAAGGGAUUUUACCCGACUACCUUGCGCAGCUUAUUUUAGGGCGCGAAAGGUCAGCGCAACCAGUUAAAACCACAGAACUGAAGAAUGGAUACCAGCAAGACGAAAGAGAUUAUUUAGAAUCAAAAGAUAUACAGCUGCAAAAUGCCUCCCAUGAAGAAGCAAACGGAAAACGUAAAAACGAGAACCUACAAGAAGAGCUGAUUGCUGCCGCAGUCGAAGUGUUACAAGAUUCACUAAACAGUUUCACACAAGUGGAAGACAGAGCCAUUUCAAUGUCUAAAGGAAAAGAUGAAGUCGAAGGACCAAAUAACGAACGGCUUAAGGAAUGCACCAACUCUGAAAAGGUCGUGUGUGGAGAAAACCAAUCAGCAGAUUUAACACCGCAGGAAACGAACUGUGUUACUCUUUCAUCUAAACAUGCAGGAGACGGCAACAAUGUCCGAUUUGAAGUUGUGGACGACAUUUGGUCGGCGUUAAGUAGCAAUGGUUCAGUGAAGAAUGAUAACGACAGAAUAAUGACUGUUGCUAUAGAAACAACAGAGAUGCCCACCUUCGAAGAAUCAUCAGUCGUUGAUGAUCCUAUGUUCGCGCUCAACAGUAAUCAAGAUGACGUAGACUUCCAACUUGAAAGUGGAAAUAGGGAGUCCAACAUGAAGGGAGAGGAAGCAAAAGAUCGUUUCCAAGGUAAGAUAUUUGUCGAGCGCCUAAGUGUCUUUUUUGUCUUUGUUUUGUUUGUUUGUCUGUUUUUUUUUUAUAUAGGAUGGUAUGUGGUGUAGGCAGGAUGGAAACCAUAUUUAAGCACCGCUUUCACCUAUGUGACAUCUGGGUUUAAGGGAGAUUUCAAGGGUAUUGUCACGUGCUCUCUCAAUUUGUUUAGGUAUUUUCUGAUAUUCUUUUUUCGGAUAAUUAUUUAUUCAAAACACCUAUUUGACGAUGUUGUGUUGUCAGAUGUCCGGAGGUUUGGUGUCACCCAGUUGCUUUGGUGUCCCUCUUCUGCAAAGGAAAUUACCAACCUCUUCUGUCGCGACCUUAUACGUCACCCCAAAUACAAUAGACUUAGUAUGUCAAACAAUGACAAUUGUGUGCCUUUGUGUACUUUAUAUACUUUCAUUGAAAUAGAGGUAGUCUUGCUUGCCUUUAAGAGUAGCCAAGUUUUUUCAAAUGCUUUCAGGCGCGAGUCAAAUCAAGUUGUAUUUUUUACCAUUCGUAACAUGUGCAUCGUCACUGACUGAUUGUUUGGGCAUCAUCUGUUAGGAGAGGUAUUGGAAACAAGUUACGACAAAAAUUCUGCAGAUGGAUCCGAACAUCUUCCCAGACCUCUUCUCGUAAUCAAAGGAACAACGCCCACCGCCGUGACUCUGGAAUGGGAAUGGACUUUGCAGCCCGAACAGAUCGCCGGCGCAGAUAUUGUCUACUCGGUGUUUUCCCUUGGUAGGAAAUUUCACAGCGACAUUAAUAGCAAUUUUUGGUAAGUUUUUGCAUAAAGAAAGCCCAGAUUGUACUAAUUUCGUGCGUUUUAAACUGUUGUGAUAUUUCAAUUGUGUUUAAAUAUUAAAUUAUGUUUCUACAGUUUCAAAUUUGAAGACAGUCCAGUAAAGACAAUGUGGCCAAAUGAAAUCGUAAGUAAAACUAAUUUACUAAACAAAAUGGAUUGUUUUCAUUACUUGACUGACCUUAAACAGCUCAUUAGAAGUCCUCGUGCAUCAUUAAAACACGCUCGUGUGAACCUUUUUUUUUAUUGAUUAAUUUAAUUUAUUUGACUAUUUAUUUCGUUUAGUUCUUCAUAUAUCUAUAUACUCACAGGCUAACUUAAAACAACACGCAUGGCGUACAACUGGUAGAGUUAUCGAGAUCACUGGUUUAAGACAACGUUGUAGUUACAGGUAAGAUAGUUUGAUGCUGUAUUACCGCAGUGUACUUACAGCACAUUCCUCACAUCUCUACCUCAAUUUUGUCUUUAUAGAAUGGCCGUUCUGGGCCAGUUGAUGCCAUGUGCUGGCGAAAGCCUGUCUCAUGUUAUUUCCUUUACCAUGCCCGGGGCGCCAAAGUCACCGGUGCUCCACGUCAGAGACCUCCAGGAUAGACAGGUACUGAUAACUUCCUUUGGUAUUUGUUCUGCAAAGAAAAAGUGAAUUCAGCUUGCUUCUUACUGAUGUCUACUUCACUUUGGGUAUAGAUGGCGUCUCCUGGUUUUAUCUGGCCGUGUCCACGAACAUUCAUUCUUUGUAUUUCAGGUUACUCUGACGUGGAAGCCGUCCACGUCAUUCGGAGAUGCAACUGUCGUGGGAUAUAGACUGCUGAAGGAUGGCAAGGCAUGCAGGGAAGACUUAGCCUCUGAAACUCUCAGCUUAUGUUUAGCUGGUUUAGAGGAAGGUUUGCGUCAAUUUACAUUUUGAGAACCAACAAGCGGACGAGUCGAUUGUUUGAUUUUCCUUUUGCCUCAAUAGAUUUUGUUGUCUAAGGGUGGUUUAGGGAUGAAAACAUGGCUAAAAUUGUUUAAAGUUCGUUACAGUUAAAAUUUUUAUCAUUUAAAAGCAACUGUAGAGGUUUUUGUAUCGGGUAUUUCUAUCUUGCGAUCUUAACUUGUAAUAUAUCUGUAUUUCUUUUAUCAGGUAUAAUUCAUAACUUCAGUUUAAUAGCUGUAACUGGACACAAUGUAGGAGACAGCAAACCUUCCAAUACAAUCAUUGUGCACUGUCCUACUGUACCUGAAUCUCCAGAAAUCUACAUCAUAGAAUCGUCAACUUGGGGAUCUAUAUGCAUCGCCUGGAAACGCAAUGAGCCAGUGAACUCCAGUUACUCAGAGAAGCAUGCGCAGUACAGCUACUGUGUCUAUGUAGAUGGAGUACUACAUGGGGAAUGUGCUCUGGAUGAUGUGACCGACAUAUUCUCAGAUGAACACACUUAUACCAUUACAGACUGCACUUUUGAGCGAAAGUACAGUCUGAGCGUUAGAAAAUAUCUAAAUCCAGAUGUAGUUACUGGUGAAGAUAAAAAUAAGGUUUACGUGUGUGGUUGCUAUGGUGAGAGCUCCAACAUUUUGGAGGUUUACUGCGCAGGACCACCAUCUCCCCCUGUGCCUCGGGUUUCUCGUAUUGACCAAUCAGGAGUCACCUUGUCAUGGAGCAGGUCACGUGAAUAUGGUGGAGUUGCUUUAGCGGUAUGUUUGCAUUUUUUUAUUAAGUGAACAAUACCACAGGUUAUAUGGUCCGUAUUAUCAAUCUUAUUGUCAUUUAUGAUUAUUUUUCCUUGUUUUAGGGCUACAUUCUUCACGUUAAUGGUAAAUGGUCAACAGAGCUGUUUUCCCCGGAACAACAAGACACAAAAUUAACAGGUUUUAGGUUAGGAGAGGUUAUCCGCGUCCAAAUGGCUGCAGUCACUUCAGAUCGUGGCGUUCCGAUAUCAGAAAUAGUUAACCAGGAAGUCAAUAAACCGCAUUUCUUUCCAUCAUCAGUUGAAUUACUUGAUAGUGGUGUGGAAAGCAGCUCGAGUUUCCUUUCCAAGGGUUCAGUCGACCAUACGAAACAGCUAUCACGCUCUCUAGGGCCGCCAUUGCUGAUCCAGUAUUCCAACUUGGUCAGACAAAUUUCCAGUUUUGGACUCACCAAUGUAUGCUGUCGUUCUGUUUCCAUUACAUGGUCAUUGGAUUUUACUGCUUCUUGUUCCGUUGAUCCGGAGAUACUAAAUGCUGUAUGCUGGAAAACUACAGAACAACGAACAUCUGCUAUGAGACACAGGAUUGAAGGUAAGGGCUGUGCAAAUUAAUGUGAAUAUUUGAUAUCAUCAGAUCUUGACUUACAGCUUAUCACUUGGAAAUGUUCAGUUACCAGCAUCAGCUCCUAGGCAAGCAAUCGUGCGCAAGCUUUUCACGUGCACAGUGAGGGCAAUGUUUUUAUCCGUCAAUACAGGCACCAAAAAAGGUGACGAGUGGCUAAGGUGGGGUGAAAGGGCGGUCAAAAUUAUGAAAGAAAUUUUUAACGCAUUUUCCGUGUUCAAAUAGAUUUACCCUCCCUUCCCCUUGUCCCCUCCAAAUAAUUAUGUUCUAAUUAUGUUCUGUUUUACUCGUUGAAAACUGCUCUUUUCUCUCAAUAGAGAAGCCUUUCAGAAUCAAAGACCUAGAACCGGGCAUGGAGUACUAUGUAAUGUUGGAAUGUUUUGCGGCACACGUUAAUGACGACAGUUCCAAUGAACAACCAAUAAACCGUACUCAGUCCCAGCCCAUCUCGUUCAAGACGGGCAUAGCGCCAGGCCCUCUAACUAAUAUUUACGUGGUCUCAGCUACAGAGCAAAGUAUCAAACUAGCCUGGAAAGCUCCUGUAGAACACGAUGUCCCAGCAGCCAUGAUUCGAGUGAACGUAAAAAUGACCAAUCAACAUUCAACUGAUCAAGGCGUAGACUUUCAUGUCUCCCCCGACUCCAACGUUUUUGAUUUUGAACACUUGGCUCCAAGAACCAUAUAUACAUUUACUCUGAAAGUCUUAACUAAAGAUGACAUCUUCGACAUCCCUGAAGGGGGAAGUACUUCAGUUGCGAGUUUCUGUGCGUCGACAAACGGCGUAGAUGCCGCCGACAAACUUAAACUUACGUCACGCUCUCCUACCUCACUUGCUAUUAAAUGGCAGUCGGCAGUGGCCUAUGGUUUGUCUAUCAUUCGGCACCACAUAGUACAUUAUGUCGAAAACAGACAGCAACGAAAGAGGUCACGUGGUAAAGUGGUACAGGAAGCGGAGACUGUUAAUGAUUUCCUCGUCGAGAGCGAACGCUGUGAAGCAGUGUUAAGAGGACUGGAACCUGGUAGUGUUUAUAGGAUCAUUGUUCAGACGGUUGAAGGAAUUAUGGACUAUUCGUAUGAGGAAGACUUUGACAGUGACCAUAGUGACACGAAUUCCACAAACAGUAGCGCUCCAAGUGAGAAACCUGCUGAUUUGCAACGAAUUUACCUAUCAGGACCCCUGUUAGUUUCUACCACUGCCCCACCUGAAUCGCCUGUGCUUAUGGUUAGCGGUUUUACUACAACUCAAAUUCAUCUGUCAUGGAAUAGACCUCUGGUUCUCUCGCCAGGUGAGGAAGUUAACAGUUGUUUAUUAUAUACUUUCCUCGAAUUGCCUGCUUACGUGCCAGAAACGUCACUCCAUUUUGGCUCUGCUCGUAUCAGGCAAAAGUUGGAAGUGCCUCAUUCUUCCAAAUUUGUGUUUAAGGUGCGUUAUCUUUUUCAAAAAACUAACAGAACAUAGGAUUAAUUUUUUAAUUUCUCACCCGGCCCAGUCACUGAUGAUGAGGAAAUUCCAUGUGGUCGCGUGCGUCAUUUAAAGGGUUUCCGUGUGCAAAUGAAUGGCCGCGUGUUCACCAGAUUAACCGCUGAUAAGAAAAACAUUACUAUCAAGAAAUGCAAAUCAGGAAUGAAGUACACUUGUGUUGUUGUGGCUAUGACUUGUCCAGAGAUGUUUGGUUGUCAACAAAGGAAGGUUAGUUAAGUAGUUUUAUGUUGUGUUAUAUUUCUCGCGAGUUUUUCCUGUACUGAACUUAGUUGUAGUCGACGCUAUAGUUAUUAUUAUAGUUAUUAUUAUUACUAUUAUGAUUAUAAUUCUUAUUAUUAUUAUCUUUAUUAUUAGUAUGUCUUUUAUUAUUUUCACGUAUAUACUUACCUUUAAAACCUCUAAUCAUCAUCCGUCGUUUGGAAUUAGAACGCCUCUGAACAUAACUCUUUGUCCAUACCACUUUGCGCUUCUAACACAAGAUGAAACACUGGUACUCAAUCAAAUAGGCUUCUAAACAUUUAGAUUUGAAGUUUUUUCAUGUAGUUAUCAGUUUUUUCAGUGAUGUAUUUUGUACCUUCUUGUGGCCUGUUGCAGAGUGAACCGUCUGACUCAACCAUCAGCGGCACAGACACAGAUGAAGAUGACAUUAAAUCCUCCUUGUACUGUUUCGAAGAGUCGGCCUCAGAUCCCGUCGAAGUUACUUUACCUCGUCAGGACUGGGGAGUUUGUUUGAGAGUAGAUUAUUGUGCAAGUAGGCCUGCCAGCUCGUUGGGAAGCAGUACGUGUAGUGAGACUGGUGACGAGGAGGGUGGAGUGGUAGCUCGGUGGAAUUUGAUGUCUGACGUCGCAGUUUAUACGAGUGGAUAUAGACUGGUGUGGUAUUGCAGUACACUUGAAUAUCGGAUGGAAGUCUUCUUACCUGGGAAUGUAAAUGAAUAUGGAAUCUGGUCUGUAUCACCGAGGUAACACUCAGUUAACAGCAACAUUUUGAUUUUCUCACUCUUUGCGAUUGUAUCCUCCUCAGAGGCACGUAAGGUUGUGAUGCACUGUGGGUGAACUUCAUUGAUCUUGAAUUUAGUUCAGGUGCGCCUGCACUAAUUUGUCUUGUUCAGUACUUUCGCUCAAUUUUUUUCUUUUUCAUUUUCCGUCUUUUUUACCAGUGCUGUUUACACUAUUUACUUGGAGUUACUUGACGAAACAAAAGAAGCCAAAGCUGUGUUUGGUCCGGUUCAUUGUCAGGUAACUUUUACAUGAUCGUUCCCACACCUCCACCUCAUAAAAGGACACCCCAACUGCUUUUUUUUCAAUUCCUUUCAGCUCCCAAUAUUUCACCAAAGGAGUAAAAUAAACAGCUCUCAAACACUAUGGCUUGUGGCCUUGUACUUUGUGGCCUUUAACAUAUGACGUAAACGCUGUUUUCUCCUCAUUGAAAAUUCUCUUUACAGAGUCCCCUCCCCUUUUUUCUCCUUUUCAAAAAAUUUCCCUUAAAUUUUCUCCUUUCUCCUCCCACGUAUGUCUUGCUGUACUUUGUGGCUUGCAAACUGUUACUUUUUUAUCUAGACACCAGGCCCUCCCGCUUCUCCAUGGAUCUGGUGCCGAACUUUGUCUCCGUAUCAGAUCACUAUCGAGUGGAAUGAACCUGUUACAUACGGGGAUGUUUGCAUCCGGGGUUAUCAGGUUAGUUUCCUUAUAGUUUACAGAGAACCACUCCUCAAAAACAGAGAUAGAAUUUUGGUGUUGUUGGCAAAUCACGACGUGUUGGAAGUGAUGACCUGAAAGUUGCGGCCUUGCAAGAAAUUUUCUUUUGAGCCAAAAUGACAAAUGAUAGGUUUAACAAAUGUUUUUCGACACCAGAGACCACACACUUACAUAUGGUUCACCAGUCACCUUAAAUAUAUUUUUUGAAAUAUGUCUUGUUUGUAUAUAAAUUAAUUCCUUAACAGCCUUUGUACGGAACAACAUACCUUAGUCAGUGUCGGUAAAAACCCGAAAGUAGUGAUAAAGAAGACAUUGCUAAAUCUAUUUUAAACUGAACCUGGUUAUGUUCGUAGAGCCCUUCAACGUUGUUCUCCGAUGAAAAAUUUAUGAUGAGAUAAUUUUUCCAUUUCUCUACAUACAGGUUUAUCUUAACGACCGUCGCUUGGAGAAAUUAGUUAACCGAACGCAAAGACGAGUCACUAUCCACUGCCAAUCAUCCUGGUAAGAAUGCUGUGACAUGUCACAAAUCUACCUCUUAGCUGUCACAUUGAGAUGGAGGUGAAAAGCUGUGUAAUACUUUAAGUCACAAUGUUUUGAUGCAUAUUAUGCAAAAAGGGCAUAAACCGAGAUAUAGUCGAGCUUAACACUAAGAAUGCUAUCAAUUUUAGUAAAGUGACCGAAAAAAAUGAAUAAAAUCACUUAAAUCUGAAAAUUUACGUUUUAAAUUAACUUUAGUUUAAUGUAGAUCAACAAGAGAUGACUUUAGCUGCUGUCUGUUUAUAAGGGUUUCUCAUUUUAAUUAACUUCAGUCUUUCGAUAUGAGGGGAGCUUAAAUUGAAUAGCAAUUUAAAAUUGUUUUCCGUAGUUGCUUAGACAACAAAUAGAAUUAUUUAUUAUCUUGCUUUUACUCCUGGGAAUUUCGUCUUCCUGUCCAUGUAACUACACUCUACAACUCAGUCGCCGAACGACCAUCUUUCGAUUGACUUGCGUUAAUAUCAAAUUCUUGGUCUCGUCAUUCCAUUAUUAGAGAAUGUGAAGUGUAAUUUGAAUGUGACCCUUGUAUGAUUUUGUUUUUUAGUGAUGUACAUCCAUACCUGUUUGUGUUCGUGUUAUCUACUUUUAUGUUUAAUCGUACUUUAUGGAUUUUUUCUGUUAUAUCAAAUGUGUUCUUUGAUGAUGUAGUAGAAAACCUUUCGAGAACAUAUACGUGAUAUUUUAAGGAAGCAUCAGUCAAGUAUUCAGGCAUAUCAUCGUAACACAUCAUCGACCGAACACCUCGGUAAAUAAAUUGUGCUAAACACCUGCUUGAGAAUUUUUCUUUUCGUUUAAUCUCUUGUUGAUAAACUUGCAUCGUGUUUCAUUUAAUCCCACGCGCUUAGCUCUCCGCUUAAACGAACUUAACUUAAAAAGCGCUAUGAAAAUCUCGAGGCAGCACAACUUGUUUUUGUGUUUGGUUACUAGUCUUAAAUAUCUUUAGGACUCAUUCUUUAUAUCUGCUACUGUUAGGGUUAAGUUUGAGCAAUAACUUCUUGGACAUGAAUAAAAAUAGUUUAGACAUUUAUCGCGAGUAUUUCUAAAGUUUUGUUACAGAGAAUUUGUACUUUCUCUAAACGAUCAGUUGCUUUAUUUUCUGAUGUACUAUGAUAAAUUUUUUACACGCGUUACAGAAAAUCUAGCGAUUGAUCUUUGAUACGUGUUGAUAGCUGCUGUAUUGUGUUUUAUUUCCCUCCAGUGUGUACCGUGUAUCGCUCGUAGCUCUUGGAUCUGAUCCUCAGUAUGGUGACUCUCCCCCGUCCAAUGUCCUGAAGCUCUGUACUCCUGUUGCUCAAGACAGCUUAAUGAGACGUAGACCUUCAGGGGGGGUCAGACGACCAUCUCUUGACUUCACCGUUAAUGUUUUAUCUACUUCAAAUACAAGCAUCUCAUUCGAAUGGACUCAUCCCCCGGAAAUAUGUAAGUUUCUGUCUGACAACUACCAUAUGUCUACACGUGUGGGUGUAUGCGCAGUUCUUUAAACGGCAACAAGUCUAUCCCAUAGUAUUGAGAGAUGUUGCUAGUACAUAUUUGCUCAAGUUUACGUCAUAUUUGCCUACAGAGGGAAAAUUCCGAUUGAGACUUAGACGCUCUUAGUCGGCUACAUUUAUUCACCUUGAGUUGUUGCGGAAGUCUGGUUUCUGAUUAGCUAUUGUGAUUUGUUGGGGUUAGGGUUAGGGGGAUGGGGGCGUAGGUGAUGCAAUACUCGUUUAAAAUGGGUUCUUGUGAAUCUCUCUCCUCUCCCUGGAUCGAGGAUUGUAGAGCGAGGACCUCUAUGGAUGAACGAUAAACUUCCCUCACGUGUAAAGUCACGUGACUUUCAUUGGUUUCUUCUUUUUGUAAAGCUUACACGAGUACAAAGGACCAGGCCUCAACCGUUUGUUUCUUUGAUGGAGUUUUGAAUCCUCCUGAGGCAAAAGUUUCCUGGCACAAAGAAGAAAUUGCAGACAUUUUUUAAUUCUGUGUAACCGUUCUUUUUCUAGUGGAUACCGCUGAUCAUUAUGUCAUCAAAUGGAGCUCUGUUCUCCAACCGCAGGUUAGAAUGCACCAGUUAAUGUUUCGUCUCGUCAAAGGCUAUUGUUUGCUCCUUAUUGCGGUUAGUUUAGAGGUCAAUAGUUUUUUUUGUGUACCUUUUAGGCUCAUGAGCUAACAUUACCAUUGACUCGGACCUGUCACGUGAUUGAAGACUGUUCCCCAGGAACCAAUCACUUUCUUGUUGUUGCAGCCGUGAAUGCUAGUGGCGGCCUGGUUUCUAGGUCAGAGCAGUAUUCAUUACAAACGUUGGCUCCUGUUCAACAACCUGUCCUUAAAUUGAGGUAUUCUCUUUGUUAGUGAUUGGAUUGCUCCCUAAAGACUCGGGAAUGUUUGCCUAGUAAGGUCUUGUUCUUCCUUUUGACAGAUUUUGUCGUCAGGCGAGUAUAACAAUUGAAUGGAGCAAGCCAGCUACUUUUGGUGAUGCUGAAAUUGAUCACUACGAGCUUAUGGUAUGUUCUUAUGAGUUAUUUAACAAAUCUCUAUAGUAUCUUUUGAGUGUGUUUAUUUUGUUUCAAUUAUAAUGGCUGACAUCAUUUCUCACCAUAUGCAGAAAUUUCUCACAUUUCUUUGGGGCGGGAGGUUCACUAGGUAACAGAAUCCAAGUUAAAGUUUGCUGAACCUUGUUCUUUUCAUUUUCUUUUUUUCCUUUUUAGGUCAACAGCAAAUCAGAAGCACAGCUGGAUGUUGAGUGUAGUGAAUACAAGUUUAACACCUGUGAUCCUUGCCAAGUGUACACAUUUGUUUUAAAAGUAAAUUUUUUUAAAAAUCCUUGGAAAAUCUUAUGUGAUUAACUUUUCUUAAAGGUUCAUUUCUUUUGCCUUUUAGGCAGAAAUUUUAAAAUAUGAAAUUCACGAUGAAAUCCUUUUCUCUCCCUAGGCUCUCAGCAUUAAACCAACCUGUGAUAGCAGCUGGUCGGAGCCUUUGGUAGUUACGUGCCCUGGUUCUGCGAAGCCUCAGAUCACUAGGAUCCAGUCUCAACAGGUCAACUGUAUAAGUUUAGGAUGGAAGCCACCACUUCUCAAGGGUGGAGCGGUGUUGGAUAGUUACAAGGUGAUAAAACUUGACCUUUCUUUCAUGAGUGUACUAUAGCAUUGGUUGUUUUAUUACAAUAUGCGAAUUUACAUGUGUCUGCUUCCCUACGUUGGAUUAUCAUGUUCACUUUGUUGCUUUUUUUAAAUGUAGCAUGCACACACAUUCUUUCCUUCUUUCUAAUGUGCGUCCCAAUCUGUUUGGGUAUUUGGUGUUAGGUUUAUUACCUAGAAGAUAGUGGUGAAUUGGUGACGAGUGAAGACCUCAAAACAAAUAAAGAGACAAUAAAACAUGGUCCACUACCCAGCCAAACUGAAAAGGAUGAACUUCUUCCUGUGUCUCCUGACCGUUACUACUGGGUCAUGCUGCAAUUGGAGCUCUUACCAGAAGAUUGCCGGGAAGUUUGCUCUGAGCCAAUCAAGACACGCGCUGCUGUGUCGCCUGACCCACCUCUGAUUAGUUUAGAAGUCGAGUGUUUGGACGAGAGGAGGAGACUGGAGAAGAUAAUAUGUGAACUGACUUACAAGAGAGACAGGUAGAGUUUUAUUAGUGAAUAGGGUUUGUGACAACAUUUUAGUAACAACUAUGUCUUUCCUUCAUUAGGCUUCAGAGGAUGGUUAAUUUAUUGGAAAACAGCAUUGUUGUAAAAGGAUCUAAGGAGAAAGAUGACAAGGUAACACAUUCCGUUUAUUUUAGAUUCCCUGACACGACCAUGUCGUGUCAUUUUACUAUCGACAACUGAAGCAAAUUUCAUUUUUCUUUGAAUUGCGAAAGCCUCAGGAUUGGCAAUCAUGUAUAUUGAAAUCUACACAGUAAUUAGAUGAUUAUUUUACACUCCGUUACAGAUUGCUGAGGCCACCAACUCUAUUUUGGAAAUUCAUUCAGAACUCUCCGACGCACUAAAAGAUAUCAAAGAAUUCACAGGUUAAAAAUCUACUCCUUUUCAUAUUUAUUACUAUGAUCAAUGUGGUUUGUGACUUAAGAAAGAAGUCUUUGAACUCGAUUGUCUUAACACAAAGUGUGAGCUGAAAAAUAUGAUGUUGGGGAAUCACCAACGUUGUGAUUUAUAUUCCCUGGUAAGUAUAUGUAAAUUGCUUGCUGGUCAUCAUAUGCUUUUCUCGUAUCUAGGAUCUAUUUCAACUCUUAUAAGAUGGUCUAGACCACGUGACGAUGGAGAUGCAGUUGUGAGCGGUUACCAGGUUUUUGUUGAUGGGUUCCGUUACGGCAAGAUUCUAUCACAGUGGAGCUUAGAAACCCGUUUGAAGGUAUUUUUUUUAACCAACCAAUUUAACCUAUGCGGCGUAUUUCUGAUGUGAUGUCGUGAAGGACCUUAGUGUACGUUUGACUAGUUUUUUGGUUUUUUUAUGCCAUCAGUUGUCUGUUGAUUGUCACGUGAUUGCUGUGCAGACACUCACUGAUCACCCAGUUGGACCCAGUUCUCUUUCCAAUGCAGUUUCACUGUCUGGCCGUGAAUUUGAUCCUUUUGUGUUAUUCUGUUACUUUGACGUACACAAAAGAGGUGAAAGGUGUGUAACAUUUUUACUAAUCGAAAGGCUUCAUUACCUCGCCACGCCCUGAAAUACUCUUUUCAGAGGGUUUUGGUCAUAAUGAGGACUGAUAGCCAUGUUACUGCCCAGUGAUAUAAAAAAUCAAUGUGAAACAGGCUGAUUAGAAUUGCGGCAAGGAUAAUUAAGAACUUUUCUUGAGCUAUGAAAUGAUUUAAAAUGAAUUAGGAUUAGUUUUGUGAGUGUGAAAAAAUGUUGGAUUUUGGGAGGGGGUGGGGCGGGGAACUUUGAACCGGAAUACCUUGGGUUUGUUCAUGAAUGAGCCCAUAAUUUGAGGCUAACUGAACCUCUGGCAGGUGCGAUAAACCAACGUCUCAGUAAUGUUUAGUAUUUGUAAAUCUGGUUUUCUUAAUAAUAAUUGCGGCUGUUUUUGUUUCAGUUGGCCAAUACAUGGCUGCUGUGACUGGGACGAUUCUCAUUCUUUCGAGCAUAAACACAGGAGUCAGUCUUCAGGUCGAGUCUUUAUACCACGAGGAAUCCUGGCCCGUAGAAUUCCUUGUCCUGUGUUUAGUGUAAUGGACGUUUUCAGUGCUCUUUGGCGACCAGUAGCUACUCUUGGUCUCAACAGGAUGGUUGCUUUGCUGUUUUGGACAAAGUGGUAAAAUUCAUCGUCAUUGCCUUUCGGUUUGUCUAUCUGUUUGUCUUUAUCGUUCGUCCUGGCUAUCUGUGUAUUUAUCUGUCGGUAUGUUGGUCUGCUAUAAUCUCUCCCUGUCACCGUCGCUCUUUUUUGUUAUUGUGUCUGUCUGCUAUGUUUGUCGGUCUGGUUUUAAACACUUGCAUGCGGUAAACUCCAAGCUUCUUAAGGGGGAUAAACUAUACUCAUGGCAGAAAAACUUAUCUGGUAAUUUCAGGUGUUUUUCGUCACUAAAGGUCAUGGAGUAUUUCGUUCAGUUUGCUGAGGAAUUUAAGGAUGAGGUAGGUGUACACAGAGCGCCCCACCCCACCCUCCUGUUUAAAGCACUCAUACAAAUCUUAAAUCACAGGGAGGUAUAAAAAAUUCUAAGGGAUGGAAAUAUAGUAGGUACUUGGCGUUAGUUGAUACUAGCGUCAACAUUUGACUCAAAUUCUUGAGUGGCUCGGUUUUUGCGGCUUGGUUGAAUCUGAUAAAAUGGAAGCAAAGAAAGGAAAGAAAGCUACAUAGGAAUGUCAAAUAGAAACCAUAAGCGGGAAUCACAACAUGAGGUUCACAGACUGGUGUAAUAUCGUUAUUUCUUGUAAUUGUUUCUUUUUUUCGUUCACUUUUAGUUCUCAUUUGUCGCAUGUUGUGUGCGAAGUGAAGAACCAAUUGCUUCUCAUCGCCAGGCUCUUGCAGACAUUUUGACCGAACGAGGAUGGCACAAAGGUGGCAACUGCGUUACACACACUUGUGGCUGCCAUUCCCAGAGUAAGCGGACUCGCAGUGCACGUCGAGGCGCAUCAAGUAGCCCGGAUGUUUGUCAGUUGUUUGGCCUGGUUGGAACACCCACACUUUUUCUGUUGGACACCUCAAGUAAAAAAAUAAGAAUACUUUUAUGUUGUAUAUUUUAAUUGUAUAUAGCACGCAAUAAUUAAUUGUGCUCUUCGUGUGCGCAGAUUGCUUAUCUCUGGAGUGAUAAGCUAAAACUAUUGAUGUAUCAUUGAGGCCAAAAAACCUUUUUUAAGCAACGCACUAUACGGGAAUUUCACCUUACAACGAACACAUCGUUUUUUUUUGUUUUUGACGCUGCAACGAAGAUUACCUGUGCAGAUACGCAGAUACACACGCAAUAGUAAAUUUUGCUUUUCGUGUGCGUUGAUUGGUUCUCUCUGAGGUGAUCAGCCGGUACUAUUGACUUCUUUUAUUAAGGCGAAAUGUCGUUUUUAAGCAACGCACCAUAGGAGAAUUUCACAUUACAACGAACACAUGGUUUUUUUGUUUGUUUGUUUGUUUUCUUUUUUUGUUUUGUGACGCUGCAUCGAAGAUUACCAGUGCAGAUACGUAGAAAGUUUAACGAAUUGAUAGGAUUAUGUUCAACUUUUAUUACAAACUAGAGCUAAAGCAGUGAUAGUAGUGUUUCAUUUCCAUUUGUUUUCAGGUUACAUUUCAUGGCACGGCCGCUGUUCUUGUCAGGACGCGUCAAGUUUUCGCUUAUUUCUUUUGCACAUCUUUUCUCAUGUAAGUCAGACUCUCUGCCGAGUGUCCAGUUGCAAGUACUGUGAAAGCGACAGAGAGUAUGAACAAGAAACCAAUAGCUCUGACGACGAAAAAUACGCCGAAAAUAUUGCAGGUCAACAACAUAGAGAAUCAUCUGAGCUGAAGUUUUUACAUCAACGACUUCACGGAACUAAAUCAGACAGCGCUUCCUCAGGGACACUUUUGGUGCCUGCAGGCUAUAAAAAGGAACGUGCCAGACCAAAAACAACCACUGCUUUUGGUCGCUUUGCAAGUUCAUCUAGUUACAACAGCUUAAGAGGGUUUGUUGAACCGUACAAAAGUUACCCCCGUUCUUUUAGUGCACGUGGAUUCAUUCAUUCAUCCAAUCAGAAUGACUCUGGAGGGUCGGAGUCAUUAGCAAGGAAACAUCGUUCUGGCACUCCACAAACUAGUAACCAAUCCCCUUCUGGCAGACUCGCGCUCCCGGUUAUUUCCCGGCAAAGAAUAAAGAGAUCUCAUCCACACGACCGAGGCUCAACGCCAAAAGUGAAAACGAAGAUAUCUAUUGAUGAUUUUGAUCUCUGUUAGAAAUUAUCUCCAGAGAAAAAUAGAAAAAUUUGACAGAAUCGUAUUGAGCUCAUUACGAGGAUAAACAUUCAUCAAAGACGCAAUUAAGAUGUUUUGUAACAAAUAAUAAUUAAUGAAACCAGUAGGAAUUUCUGACCAAGUGAAGGGUUAGGGUGACUGGAUAUUGAUUGAAAAUAGAACGAGCUACAUCAAUCUCAAACAGGUUAAACAGACUUGGUCAGCUUAUAUCGUCAGACUUGGUCAGACUUUUUUCAGCUUAUAUGGCCAGUAGAUGGCACGAAACAUCUACACUUCUCGCAUCAAUAUCAGUGUCUGGGCAACUGCCCACCUACCCCUCCCUUAACCCAACAUUAACCCUGACUUGUUAUCAAUUGACUGUUGUUGAGUUAGGGGAGGGGUAGGUGGGCAGUUGUCCAGAUACGGAUAUUGAUCCCACUUUUCUUAGGUAAGUCCCACUUUUAGUUUAAAAUUGUUUAGAAAAUAAGUUAUAUUUUAUUUAUACAGAGAUAACCCUACACUUUCGUCCUGGUGACGUUAAAAGGCACAAACGUAUUUUGUUUACUCUAAAUGAGCGUUUUUGUAUCAAUCUAUUUACUCAUUUUGAUUACACUAAAUCAGUGUUUUUGUAUCACUCUAUAUUUUUUUUGUUCACUCUAAAUGAGUGUCUUUGUAUCAAUCUAUUUAGUCAUUUUUUUACUCUAAAUGAGCCUUUUUGGAGCAAGGUACUUCACGAUGAAGACCGCGGUUCGCGGAGACGAACGCAUGUUUUGUUAAGAGGGAGCGUGUUUUGGAGCGUGUCUUUAAGCCUUUAAUUCGGCUGAAAUUAACUGGAGAGCGCUUGGAGAGUUAGCUGUUAAGACGUGCGCAUGCGUAAGAAAAGUGGUUAACUUUGGCGGGUAUAAUCAUUGCCGGGGCGCGUUUUACGUGAGAAUGUGCUUCAAUAUAUGAAAGCAUGCAUAAGGGAAUACAGUAGGAACAGUAACAGCAUGGUAAGUACAAACAGGUUGUGAUAGUCCAAUUAUAUGGAUUUUUCAACAAAAAAAAAAAAAAAAAAAAAAAACAGACAUGGGACAGCACAGAGAAGUACUUUUGUGGAGUUGGAAGUUUUAUGAUGCAAGCAGUACCAAAUGCCAAAGGCACUAAAGCGUCUUAGAGCUCGUUCUGUGCAGCGUGUGGGACCACAAGUUUUAAUGCAAUGGGGCACAUUUCGGGAGCGCGGCCAUGAAGGGAGACUGAACCUUUCCCAAGGGAUGAAAUAAUAAAAAAAAGACUUGCCAAUUAGAAAUAUUCCUGUGCACACUCUGGUGGUUGUGCUAAAAGGCCAGGGCAAUGUAUAAUUCUAUAUCUUUUUUGUAAUUGUGAUUUUGGAGUAGACAUUGUUUGAAGGAAAAAAAUAGUAAAAUUUAUUCC